AUGUUGGGGAAUAGCGAAUCUAUAGCUGGUGGUGAGACAGCACCUCCUGCAGAGACCUGUGUGUGGUACAGAAAACUUAAAAUGCAAUAUCCAUCCAGUGUGCAAACACUGUGUGAGUUUAAGACAUGCUUGCGUCUGCAAGGUCUGAAUCAAAAAGCCAGUCAACGUGUUGAUCAAAUCUGUAAUACCGUUGACAAGAACAAAGAUGGAUGUAUUGCUGCUGUAAAUCUAGUAGUACAAGGAAAAAUGAAGCAAAUUCUCCAUGAUGCAGAUGGAAAUGGUUCUAUUGACAAAAGGGAACUACUGAACAUCUUCGUGGCACUACAAGCCCUCAAUGGCCAGCAAACUCUGAAUCUUGAAGAAUUUACCAACUUGGUAUUCCAUAAGAUGGAUACAAACGAUGACAGCAAAGUAGCUACUUACCUUGGUCUCACUUUUCUUACUGAGCAGGAAAUUGACUUUAGAAGAAUUUAUCAAUGGCAUGGAAAAAGAAUAGCAUCUUCUGGAGGUUGUUUCCAAGAGUUACGACCUUUCCAAUGUACUGAAAGUAAUCUGUGUUGGGAAACAGCCAGACAGACAUAG